AUGGGGGCGCUACCCGUCGCCCACAAGCUCGCUCUCACGGCCCCGUUCUUCCCGUGCCACCGCCGGCCCGCGGCCCACGGCCGGCAUGGCCGGCGCCGGCGGUACGGGGCUGUGGUGGCGUACAUGGAGCCGAACCCCAACUCGCCGGCGGCCAUCGCGGGGCGGCUCAUCGGCGCCCUCCCCGUCGUGGGCCUCGUGGCGCGCAUCCUCAGCGACGAGGGAGGCGUCGGCGGCGACAUCAUCGACUUCGCCGAGUUCCGCCGCCGCGUCAGCAAGAAGUGCACCGUCAUGGACUCCAAGGCCUUCUACGACUUCAACCAGCGCCGCGGGAAGCCGGGAGAUCCGUUCUACGUUCUAUUAUGCUGCUGGCUGGCCGCCAUUGGAGCCGGGCUGCUCAAAACGGAGGAGAUCUUGGAAGGCGUGGCGCGGCUCCGCAUCUCCAACGAUAUCGAGUUCGAGGAGGAGACGUUCAUCGACAUGAUGAGGGCGGCAAGGGAGAAAAGGGCGAAGCUGAAGGCUCCAGCUCCGCAGAUACCGAUGGAAACGCGGGCGGAGAAGGCCCUGGAAGCCAUCUACGUGUGCUGCUUCGGGCAGGACAUGGUGGAGGAAGAGGACGAGAAGCUUCUCCGGACGAUACUGAACGCGGUCUUCCCCUCCGUCGGGAGGCCGGCGGUCGAGAGGAUGGUGGCGUCCAUGGCCAAGCAGGUGGCCUCCGGUGAGAGGAAGCGGGACGAGAGGACCGUGUCCAAGGAAGUGCAGCAGCGGCAGCUCAAGGACCUGGAGUUUCUCAAACAGAAUAAGCUGGAGUCAUCGUGA